GCACCAGGGAAAGGAUCGAAAAGCACAAUGGGCAGAAUCAUUUUCUACGAGGACAGGAACUUCCAGGGUCGCUCCUAUGAGACCAGCAGCGACUGCCCCGAGCUCACCUCCUACCUGAGCAGGUGUAACUCCUGCAGGGUGGAGAGCGGCUGCUUCAUGGUCUACGAGAGGCCCAACUUCAUGGGUCACCAGAUGCUGGUGAGGAGGGGCGAGUACCCUGAUAACCAGAGGCUCAUGGGGAUGAGCAUGAGUGACUGCAUCAGGUCCUGUCGCAUGAUUCCCAUGCACAGAGGUCCAUUCAGGAUGAGGAUCUACGAGAGGGAGAACUUCAGCGGUCAGAUGUCUGAGCUGAUGGACGACUGCGACAACAUCCAGGAACGUUACCGAAUGUCCGACUGCCAGUCCGCUCAGGUGAUGGACGGCCACUGGCUGAUGUACGAGCAGCCCCACUUCAGAGGCAGGAUGAUGUACCUGAGGCCUGGAGAGUACAGGAGCAUGAGGGACAUGGGGAUGGGUCCCAUGGACAUGAGGAUCGGAUCCAUCAGACGCAUUAUGGAGUCCUGUUAGGCAGGACAGCCCUGAACAUGUAACCAAUACAUUUUAAUAAAUUGUCCAAAUCUCUACAAAGAAUUCAUCAUUUGGGUUUAGUUUCCAGGAUUUUGGCUGCACAAUUAGAGAGAAAACUGUUUCAAUGAUCAGCUGGAUCUAAGUGGAUCUGCUGUUUGAACCACUGUACUCCACAGACUCCUUCCACCGAUGAAAUGUGUUGUUAUUUGAUGCCCGUAACAUUAAAAAGUGAAUUUCAAAGGA